GCAAGAGGAUCGCUUAAAUCCAAGAGGCCAAGGCUGCAGCAAGCCUUGAUGACACCACUGCACUCUCCAGCCUGGGUGACAGAAUAAGACCCUGUCUCCCCGCUCCACAAUAAAAAGACAUGCAUCCUAGACACUCACUUAUUCAACAUAUAUUUAUUCAACACCUAUUAUGUACCAGGCCCUAUUCUAGUAACUGGGCAUACAGCAGGAAAAAACAAAACAAAAACAAAACCUCUGCCCUUAAGGGGUUCCCUGAAUAUUCAUGUUAGGAAGGAGAGAGUAAACAAGAUAACACAUGGUUGGUUAGAAGGCAGUAAGUGCUGGAGAGGAUAAAGACAGGAAAUGCUAAGGAUGGCAGUUUCCAGAAGAAGGCAUCAGCAGGGUAAACACCUUAAACACGGUCUCUGAGGGAAGAGCAUUUGAGGCAGAGGGAACAGCUGGUGUAAAGGCCCUGCAGUAGGAGCAUGCCUGGUGUGGGUGAGAAAGAGCCUGAAGGUCUGAGGGGCUGAAGAGGACUGAGGGACAUGGAGUGGAUGUGCUCAGUUGGAGGCAGAAUAACGGGGUGUCACGGGCCUUCAGCUGGAGGGAGACGGGAGCCAUGAUGAAGUUCUGGACACAGGCAGGGGUAACCUGCUUUAGGGGUGCACAGCUUCCUCCAGCUGCAUGUGGGGAACAAACUCUAGGGGAUGGAAAUGGAGAGCAGCCAGGAGUCCCCCGCACUAGUCUAGGCUGAUGCUGCUGGCUUGUGGGGGUCGCUUUCAUAGAAGUGGACUGAGCUUGGCACAGACAGGAACCUCGGGUGAUUUGCUUACUCGCUAUACCCAGUGCACAGAAAAGAGGCUUCCUUUCUUUAAUAUUUGUUAAGUGACUUAUAGCUCCCAUGUCAGGAGCUUUCACUGCAUCAGGACUUGUGCUGGACAUUUAAACAGAAGGUUGUACAUUCCACAGACAACCUCAUCAACUACAUUUUGAAAUCAUCCUGACUUUUAUGGUCUAGGAAAGUGAGGCUCAGAGGGGCUGCUUCCGGGCAGUAGGAUGAGAAUCUGUCUUUAGCCGCCCGACUUUAGAGGGCUUCGAGAGGACAGAGCCAGCCUGCGGGCACUCACCUUUGUGCACCUGCCCAGGCGAGGCGGGCUCAGUGCGCACGCGCCCAGGCGCAUUUAAAGCGCCGGAUGGGCGUCUCUUCCCCCAGCUGCAAGCGGUCAGUGCUUAGCCUCACUCGCGACGCCCUUCUGGAGGAUGCUGGUGAGAGGCAGGGGCCAGGGGUCCGGCUCGGGCUUCUCUUUAGGCGCUGAGCCACCAAGGCCUUCUCCUUUGCAGAGUCCCGCUGACUCCCUCGAUGCACAACCUCCGAGCGUCCCAGUCCCUGACAGCUUCCCCAUGGGCCUCAGUGUCUCCCCAAGACGCCUGGAGAGGCCGCCGGGGCUUGAGGAGGCGCUGAGCGCGCUGGGGCUGCAGGGAGAACGCGAGUACGCCGGGGACAUUUUCGCCGAAGUCAUGGUGUGCCGCGUGCUGCCCCGGAGAGCCCUGCCCCGAGCUGUGACCCUGGAGAUGCGCGCCCUGGUGAUAGAUUGGCUGGUCCAGGUGCAUGAGUACCUGGGUCUGGCUGGUGACACACUUUACCUGGCGGUUCACCUGCUUGAUUCCUACCUGAGUGCCAGCCGCGUGCGCUCACAUCGCCUGCAGCUGCUGGGCGUGGCCUGCCUGUUUGUGGCAUGCAAAAUGGAAGAGUGCCUGCUUCCUGAGCCCACCUGCCUCUGCCUCCUGGGUGCGGACUCCUUCUCGCGGGCGGAGCUGCUGCGCGCGGAGCGCCGCGUCCUGAGCCGCCUGGAUUUCCGGCUGUACCACCCGGGCCCGCUGCUGUGCCUCGGCCUGCUGGCCGCGCUGGCAGGGAGCAGCCCCCAGGUGAUGCUACUUGCCACCUACUUCCUGGAGUUGUCUUUGCUGGAGGCCGAGGCGGUGGGAUGGGAGCCAGGUCGUCGCGCGGCUGCGGCUCUGAGCCUGGCGCACCGCUUGCUCGACGGGGCGGGCUCCAGGCUCAAGCCGGAGCUUUACAGCUCCGAGGAACUGGGACCUCUCGAGCCGUGCAUGGCCCGCGCUGCACUCCGAGGUCCCGCGCCGGGCCGCGCCGCCGUCUUCUUCAAGUACGCGCGGUCCCAGCGCCAGGGCACCAGCCUCACGGCUGCCUGCCUGCUCCGCCGCCUCCACCUGAGCCUCCCUGAGCGCUGAGACUCAGCCAUCAAAACAAACAAAAAAACAACCUCCCAGUGUGUGUUCGUCCCUCAUCUCAAUAAAGUAAGUUUUUAUUUUGA